CGAAAGGUAAUGUAGUUAUGACACGAUUUUAUCCGAUAAGUGCCUUCCAGAAAUUGGUUUACGGCACUUCCAAGUGUUUACAGUUCUCGCUCGACUAUCGGGCUAGCGGUGUUUAUUUGCUUGAUUGAUAUCCGAUACGGUCAAGAUCCUCGAAUGUUCUACGCCAUCUCAUCUACUAUGACGUAAAAUAAAUAAACUUGUAACUGAAGGAAAUGUAUAGACGUCUUCUCACGAAUUCAAAUCAGUAUAGUCUUGCGACACGAACAGAGUGCAUCGAACGUGAAAGUCACAAAGAGCAUACUUGGCAAUCUUUUAUUAUUAUUUUGUAAUAUUUUAUAUCGUAUUACGUGUUAUAAGUGCCAUUUUCAAAAUAGUGAACAAGACUAACAAUACGUCGCAUUUUUAUUUUUGUAGAAUAUUUGUCCCCAAAAUGGCAAGACGUUUAAGGAGUGCGAAUGUAUUAUUAGAGAGAAUAAAUGAUAUCGAUGCAGAAUGUUCUGAAGAUGAUCAGGAAAUUCUGGAUAUGGAAAAUAACAAUAUGGAAAAUUAUGAUCCACUUGAAACAGAUUCGAACACCGAUGAGAACGAAGAGAAUAUUUCGAACGUACGUAGACGACGAAAGAGAAGGAGAUUUUUAGUUAGUUCCGAUAGUGAGAAUGAGGAAGAAGUAAGCGAAAUUGCGAUGCACGGAACUGUUUGGCAGGAAGUAAAAAUAGGGUCUAAUCCUGGAAGAGCACCUGGUCAUAAUAUUUUUAGGGAAACAUCAGGCCCGACUGUCCCAAUUCUGUAUGCACGCGGCGCAUAUGAGGCUAAGAAUAUAGAUAUAGCACUUCUAUGGAAUAAAAAGUGAGGCCCGCCUUUUUUCUCAAAUACUAUGAGUAGACAUGACUUUACGGAGAUUAUGAGAUUUAUUCGAUUUGACGACAGAAAUCAACGAAGCCAACGGUUACAAACCGAUAAAUUUGCUAUGAUUUCCGAAGUUUGGUACAAGUUUAUUGACAACAGUCAAAAUUGUUAUAAACCAGGACCAUAUAUUACUAUUGACGAACAAUUGUUUCCAACGAAAGCAAGGUGUAGUUUUACUCAAUACAUGCCCAAUAAACCGGACAAAUUUGGUAUCAAAUUCUGGUUAGCAUCCGAUGUGCGUAGCAAAUAUAUAAUAAACGGCUUUCCAUAUUUGGGAAAAGAUGAAAGUAGAGAACCCUCAGUUCCUCUUGGAGAGUUUGUCACUAUGAAAUUAGCAAAACCGUAUGUAGGAUGUGGAAGAAAUAUAACCACGGACAACUUUUUUACAAGCCUACCUUUAGCAACAAAACUUUUAGCAAAAAAAACUACGAUUGUCGGGACAAUUAGAGCAAAUAGAAAAGAGCUACCAAGACUGGCAAAACUGAAAAAUGACGACAUGGCACUUUUUUCAACCAAACUCUAUCGCUCAAAUAAUUGUAUGUUGACAGUUUACAAAGCCAAACCAAGGAAGAAAGUUCUAACUCUCAGUUCAAUGCACAACUCCGUACAAAUUGAAAAAAAUGACACCCGAACACCGGAGACAAUUCAAUUAUAUAAUAGCACCAAGUUUGGCGUAGAUGUGACCGACCAAAUGGCCAGAAAUUAUUCGGUAAAAUCUAAAUCUCGGAGAUGGCCUUUACAAGUAUUUUUUAAUAUCUUGGAUUUAGCCGGGAUAAAUGCAUGGGUGUUAUAUAAAGAAACUACGGGAGGAGAAAUUACAAGACAGGAAUUUCUAUUUCAAUUGGCAGAAGAACUUGCCACCGAAUACCAACAAGAGCUCGGCAAAAAAAAUCAACCAAUACCCAUCGCAAGUACAACUACAGGUUCUCGUGAACGGAAAACAUGUCAGAUAAGGUAUUGUAAAGAUAAUAAGACGAACACAAUCUGUCUAAAAUGUAAAAAGUACGUAUGCGGAAAAUGUACAGUUGAGAAGCCCAUUUGUAAAAAAUGCGACGAAAACGAAUAAAAUGUAGAUUAUGUACUCUUGAAUAAAAAAAAAUAUAUUUUUAUACUGGUAAGCUGGCUAUUGGUCUGCAUUCAAUAUUGAAAAAUAUAAGUUGUGAAAGACCGGUGAUUUGACCAGCCGCGGUAGGAAUAGGUAUACGUGAAGUGUCGGUAGGAAUAGUGUUAAAUGCAACUCCCAGUCGAAGUACGGAUCAAACGCCAUUUAAAUUGCUCUUCGGAACAGACAUGCGUCUCAAAGAGAACUUAGAGAUUCGCGAAUUAAUUCAGACUGAAUGGGUCCAAAUGUUCGCGGAAAAUCGUAACGAAUUAAGGGAAAAGGCAAAAGAGAAAAUUCUUAGUGUACAAUUAGAUAAUCAAAAGAAUUAUAAUCAGAAGGGCAAAGAGGCCACGUGUUAUCGUGAGGGCGAUUUGGUCGCACUCAAGCGAACACAACUAGGUCCAGGACUUAAACUACACCCUAAGUUUUUGGCACCUUAUCGCGUAAUUAGAAAACUACGGAAUGAUAGAUAUGUUGUGCAAAAGGUCGGAGACCAUGAAGGUCCACAACAGACAUCUACAUCGGCUGAUUACAUGAAGCCAUGGGUGUCAGACGAUAGUGAUUUAGGCGAAGAGUAGACGCAACAUUUGAGGGCAAAUGUUAUGGUCAGGACGGCCGAUUGUAGUAUCGGAAAAUUUUGAUAGUUUUAUUUUAUAGUAGUACUCAGACGAACCAGAUUAAGAUAUUUUAAGUGUAGCCAUAAUAUUAUAUUGUAGGCAUAGUAAUAGGUACAAUUUACGGGGAAAACCCCAUAAAUUGCACUAGUUAAUAGACAGCUGUAUUUUUAGAGAGAGUAAAUGAGAGAGGCCCACAGACGUGAAUGGGGAAAAACCUUUGCCAUUAGUGUGGCCCAGAGACGCCUAGACCAGGUAACGCCGCUAGGGCCUGACCGAGAGUGGGGCAGGACCCAGGGUUGGAGGUAAAAGCCUGACUCGAGAGGACAAGGGUCAGAGUAGAGGAAGAAUCUCAGCGAGAGCUGAGACAAGGGUGGAAAGAGUGCCACCAAGCGAUCGGGAAGAGUCUCGCGCUUUAGAAUAAAGAAGUUAAGGAAUUAUUGUGAAGUCUUUUUAUUAUAAAUAAACGUGUAUUAAUAAUAUCGAAUUUGUUUCUGUCAAUCCUUUGCCCGAUAUAUCACACAUUAGUAUUAUUUAUUAAAAGACAAGAUUCUGAAAACCGCGGGCAUCCCCCUUGGCGUUCCAAAGCUAAUUAUUUAAAUGUUAAUUAUCUCAUUAUGCAAUAGCCCUACAGUGUUUUGUCCACAGAUCUUGUUUAAACUAUAGCUAAAAAACGCCCCCCAACUCAACGACAAGUGAUCGAUGAAUUUCGGAUACUUCCGGGGUUCAUCGGGUCACUGGUCAUCGGUCUCGGUCACCAACUUGAGACCCCCCCCAAAUCAGUCUUUCAACGUAUCUCCAACGUACCGGUCAACGUAAUUCUACGUUUUCGCAUUAUUCAACGUCUCUCAACUAAAUUUCGACCCUCAACGAUCCAGGAUUUCACACGGGUGAAACCCAACGAACUUUGUGAAACUUGUAUAGUUUUUUACAAUUAGUGACAAUAAACAUACGAAGUUUUUAUAACUUAGUGUCUUGUGUCUUCAAUUGCAUCUCACUACACCAAUCCCAAUUUUUCCGACGCCCGACCACCCAAAACAACGUUCCUCAACUAAACAUUGGUCCUUCGAGCCGGAUGGUGCGGUAAAAAACAGUGAAAAAUUGUGAAAGUGUGGUGAAAAUUCAACGGAAAACCAAAAAGGACGCCAAGUCCUAUAGUGAAAUCAACGGCCCGUGGAAUAUUCUGGAACAUUCCAACGAUAAUCCCAACGUGAGAACAAUAAGAAUUUAUUGCCCUCGACCCUUUGUGUUGACUUUGUUUACAUUCCAUCGGGUCUCAAAUUUCUCUAACCGCGUGUGACCAUUCGGGAGUGCUCGGCCCACUUCGCUCAACUUCGCCAGCAGUCCCCCACUUACUGGGACUGUGCUCAACGAGUGAGGUCGCACCCCACUCAACGUCAACUCAACGGUCGGUACAGAGCAGCGGUCGGUAAAGCUCAACGGUCGGUAACGUAGGUAUCAGUUACCAACAUGGCAGAUGAUGGAGAGUACGAGCCAACCCAACCCAUUGAAAUCAACGUCGAGAUCAACCCCGUACCUCCAAUCGUCGUUAACCCUCCAGAGACGCAAGCUCCAACCACACAGGAGCAUGAAGACUGGGCAACUGCUGUGGAAACCUUUCCUUCAGUCAACAUCUCAACUAUUAAGACGAGGAAGUCCGAAAUACCAACGAUGCCAUCAACUUCAAGCACACCAACGCAGCUCUCAACAGGAACCGCCAAUCAACUAGAGUUUUUGCAAGACAGAAUACUAGAAUUCAACGCAAUUGAUGAGGAACUGAGGGAAUUAAGAGCCUCAGAUACAACGCUGGAGGAACUCAACGGCCAUGAGGAGUAUUUAAAGGACGCCUGGAUCGAAUUUGCUGAGCGAUCACAGGCAUUGAUUGCUAAUCUACCCCCAGAUCACAGCUGGAUGACGGGAAAAGCAUUUCUCAGAACAGGAGAAUUGAAACGUCAGACGCUAAAGAGGAUCUGGAAACUCAAAGGGGAGAUAUCAACGAAGGAGAAAUUAUCCGCGGGUAGAACAACGACCAGUCAACUGAAAAGAAUCGAUCUCCCAACAUUUCAAGGUAAAUUUUCCCAGUGGAAAGAGUUUUCUGAUCUGUUUCAGAAUCUGGUUGGGAGAAAACCAGACAUGUCGCCUGCAGAAAAGCUGGUGAGGCUGAAGGAGGCUCUUAAGGGACCCCCAGCUGAGUUAAUCUCGUCCUUCACUGCUACGGACAUCAACUACGAGAAGGCAUGGGACAAACUUCAACGGCAUUAUGAAAAUCCACGUCUCAUCGCCGGACACCUCUUCAACAGGGUGCUCAACUUGCGGCCAAUGGCUAAGGGAGACGCCAAGGCCAUGAUAACCAACGCACACAUUGCUCGUGAGACAGUGGACCACCUUAUCAGCACCGCCGGGAUUCCCAAAGAGGAUUUGGGCGAGCAAUUCGUUUUUCACUUGCUCAAACGAUCAAUGGAGGCUGAUACUCGCACCACGUGGGAACAGAGGCUGGGAACAUCAACGAAUUUCAUACCUCUGCAGGAGUUAGUCAACUUCCUGGAGUCAACAGCAAGAGGCAUGACUCCAGAUGAUCAACACGAACCAACGGUUCCUCAACGGCCAAAAGAGAAAAUUCAACGUGGAAAAUCACCACCUCGAGCACGCGUUUAUCAUGCCACCGAAGCAACAGCUCAAGGAAAGGAGCCUCAACACAUUAAGCCUGCUGAUUGCUGUGCGUACUGCAACGCCAAGCAUUUCAUUGGAAAGUGUCCAUCAUUUCUCAGCCUCUCAGCGCAGAAAAAAACUAGAGCAUCUGUCAACAACACGACUAUGCUACAACUGCUUCGGUACACACCUGGUGACGAGAUGCAAGUGCACUAA